AUGCUUGGGGGUCUGCGGGCGCACUACGAGCAGCAGGAGCGUGUGUACAGACAUUUGCUGUCAGCUGAGGAGUUGAAUAAGAAGCGGCAGCAAAUAAUAAACAAAGAUGAGAAUAAUAAGAAUUGGAGUUUAUUAGAAAAUGCUAUUAAAAGUUGUUCUGCUGCAGUGCAGCAGUCUGAAGAUAUUUUAAAUAAAGGCGCUGCAGCUCUAUGGAUAUCUUAUCAUAACCCGCCUUUAUCGGCUCUGAAUACAAAUGAGUGGUUGGAUUCAGAUUUGUAUUGGCAGGCGUUUGUAGAGAAACACUUCUUCUACUCUCAGUACCAACCAGGAGUUGCAGAUCCUGAAAGUCCAGCUGUAUGCGAGGAGGCACGUAAAGAUUGGCAUAAGCGCGUAGAUAAGUUUAACGAUCGAUCAGAUACCCCUCUUCUUUAUAACUUCAUGGAUACUCUCCCUUCAUGGGAGAAGGCGUUUUUAGAGCACAUGUUAUAUUAUUUGAUUCGUACGGGCGGCGACUACCGUUUUUUUCCUGAGUUAAUUCCUUGGCAGUGGCUGGGAGACAUUGAAGAUCAGCGAUACCGAUUUUUGUCUGUGGCCCAGCGGCGCCGCUCGGCCUUUCAGACAGCUGCUCUGUCUCGAGAGCAACCGUUAGAUUUGCUGCCAUUAGACUUGGAGCAUGACUUAGGCGGGCACCUAAUGAAGCACUUCACAAGAGAAGCUGCUAAUGUUUCUGCUGCUGUAGGCCGUCUAAUGGCCUCUUACAGCUUCUUGUGCGAUCCAUUUAUUCCCUGCUUCUCCCUGCGCUCUGCAAUCACUGUCAUGAAGACAGACGAUGCACAAGGUAAAUGGUAUUGUCUAGGAGAUGACGUCAAUGCCCUCUUCUACCUCCCGCACAAAAACGCGAGAAAAAUACCUACCCCAAAGAACUCUCUUACCCGUAUCAUGGACCAUCUAACUAUGACAGGCCAGCGGCUUAACCCGGCGUAUGCGACUGUCUUUGAGUGUUUUGCUGAUAUUCUUGAACAGAGAGGAGAGCACUGGUUCUGCAGCGAAGGGGAAUGUGCUUCUCAGGCGUUUUUGAGGCGGCUUCGAUCAGAUGAUCCUCAGAGAGAGGUAUUUGAAGAGUAUUUCAAGGAAAUGUACAGCCGGUUUGGUGAAGCAGAAGAGGUGAAGCCGAACGAGUUUAUAAAGGUGAUGCAGGAGAAGGAAAAGGGUCAUAAAGCAGAGGCUCAGGUGUACAGCCACUGGUGCCAGGCAUCUAAUACAGAAACAGAAAAAGAAGAAACAGAAAAUAUUAUUUCGCUGUUCAACAGCAAACAACUCCAGCCACUCAUUGACAGCAAUAGUAUCGUUGUCUUAAAUGAAGACGGACAGAAAAUCACAGACCCCCAACUCCUCGUUGCCUCCUUCCAGGCGUUCGAGGGACUUAAGGAAACAAUCGCCGAGGCUGUGAGGAACGUGAAGACGGGUAGCUCGCAGAGGAAGAGCUGA